AUGAGCGACCAAGCUGCUGGCGUCGCCUCGGAUGCGACUGAGCGGUGUGCCAUUGGUAUUUCCUUUGGCAACUCCUACAGUUCCAUUGCAUAUACUUCGCCUGAUGGAAAAGCAGAGGUAAUUGCAAAUGAAGAUGGAGACGGUGAAGAAUACCACGGGACACAAGCCAAAUCGCAGGUUGUCAGACAUCCAACCAACACUAUUGCGUUUUUCAGAGAUUUCCUUGGAAAAGAGUUUAAAUCGAUAGAUCCUACACCAUGCCACCAGUCCGCUCAUCCCCAGCAGCAUGAAUCCACUAUUGCUUUUACGGUGCAAGAAGGUAGUGAUGAAGAGAAAAGCACACUCACCGUAUCCGAAGUUACCACUCGUCAUCUUCGUCGCAUGAAGACAUCCGCAUCUGAGUAUGUUGGUAAAGAAGUCAAUGCAGCAGUCAUCACUGUCCCCACAAAUUUCACCGAUGCUCAGCGAUCUGCUUUGAUGGAGGCUGCGAAGAACGCUGGUAUUGAGGUUCUUCAAUUUAUCCACGAACCUGUGGCCGCUGUUGUAGCUUACGAUGCCCGACCUGAAGCUGUCGUAACCGACAAGCUUGUUGUUGUUGCUGAUCUGGGUGGGACGAGAUCCGAUAUUACCGUCAUCGCAUCUAGAGGUGGGAUGUAUACCAUUUUGGCCACCGCCCAUGACUACGAACUAGGAGGUGCCCAGUUGGACCAGGUCCUUAUUGACCACUUCGCAAAGGAGUUCAUCAAGAAACACAAGACAGAUCCCAGAGAAGAAGCCCGCGGCUUGGCUAAACUAAAACUGGAGGCAGAAGCUACCAAGAAGGCUCUUAGUAUCGGUACAAAUGCCUCUCUAAGCGUCGAGAGUCUGGUUAAUGGUAUUGACUUCACCUCCAAUGUGAACCGUCUAAGAUACGAAAUUCUCUCCGCAAAGGUCUUUGCAAGCUUCACCGAACUCAUCGAGCAGGCAGUUCAGAAAGCUGAGCUUGAUCUGCUUGACAUUAACGAGGUCAUCCUCUGCGGUGGGACAUCUCAUACCCCAAAAAUUGCUCGGCUUGUCCAGGGCUUAUUCCCUGAAACCACGACCGUUCUUGCGCCGGCUACCUCCCCCACGGCCAUCCAUCCGUCCGACGUAACUGUCAGGGGAGCCGCCAUUCAAGCUUCUCUCAUAGAAGAAUUUGAAAUGGCCGACAUCGAGCAAUCCACCCACCCGAUGGUCACUGUUGCCCCUCACCUUAGUAAGGCUAUUGGAGUUCAGCUCGUGUCUUCUGAAGAGACCACUGGCAUUUUCAGGCCACUCUUGAACACCGAGACUGCUCUCCCAGCUCGUCGAUCCGCUCAGUACUCCGCUCCAAAGGACGGUGGUGACGUUUUUGUCCGUAUUUGUGAGGGCACACGCGAAAUCAAGGUCACAAAGGUAGAGCCUAAACCAAAGGCUGAGGAUGAAGAUGAUGAGGACGAUUCCGAUGACGAUGAGGAGGAAGAGGAAGAGGAAAUCCGCGAAAUUUCAUGGAGUGUCUCGAAACCAAUUGCUGAGUUUGCCAUCCGCGAUGUAAAGCCCCGUGGCAAGAUUGAGGUUAUGGUCAGCGUGAGUGAGCAACUUGCUGUCCAAAUAACCGCCCGUGAGAUCGGUGGAAAGGGAGGCGUCCGUGGUGUUGUGGAGCCUCCACAGGUGGUUGAGAACGGUGCAUAG